AUGGGGGGUAAGCAGAGCACGGCGGCCCGUUCGCGGGGCCCCUUCCCGGGGGUGUCGACGGAUGACAGCGCCGUGCCGCCGCCGGGAGGAGGUGGGGGGCCGCCCCCCUUCGGCCAUUACCGGCCGGGCGGCGGCGGCGCCGCCAUGGGGCUGCGCAGCCGCUCCGUCAGCUCGGUGGCCGGUAUGGGCAUGGACCCCGCGGCGGCCGGCGCCGUCCCCUUCGGGCUGUACGCGGCGGCGGCGGGGGAGGCCGAGCGGGCUCCGGGCGGCGGCGGCGGUCCGGGCUCCGACUCCAUGUACGCCCAUGGCAACGGUUACCAGGAAACGGGAGGCGGUCACCAUAGAGACGGGAUGCUGUACCUGGGCGCCAGGGCCUCGCUGGCCGACGCGCUGCCCCUCCACAUCGCACCGCGGUGGUUCAGCUCGCACAGUGGUUUCAAGUGCCCCAUUUGCUCCAAAUCAGUGGCUUCUGAUGAGAUGGAAAUGCACUUUAUCAUGUGUCUGAGCAAACCUCGCCUCUCCUACAAUGAUGACGUGCUGACCAAGGACGCUGGCGAGUGUGUGAUCUGCCUGGAAGAACUGCUGCAGGGGGACACGAUAGCCAGGCUGCCCUGCCUCUGCAUCUAUCACAAAAGCUGUAUAGACUCAUGGUUUGAAGUGAACAGAUCUUGCCCGGAGCAUCCUUCUGAUUGACCCAUCGGGUGUGCUUGCUGAUUUCUCUCUAAGAACCAUCCAGGAGAAGACAAGUGUGAGACCAAUGGAGCAACCUGCUCUCCCCUCCACAGUUGCUGGUCACCAGGAGAGCUCUGCCUGCCAGGGAGGCCCCAGGGACACCCUCGGCCAAAACCCUGCCAUGAUGUUUGGCUUUUCGCCCCAGAACAAAAGGGGAAACUGCUGGGGGAAAACAGCCGGCCAAACGGAGCACACGGCAUUCCUCAUCGGCAACCUCCCACCCGGACCUGCCCGUGGGCUCUGCUCAGUGUUUUUGCACUGACUCAACAGGAAUUUUCUCCUCUUUUCCCAUCUCCCUUUUGGAGAUCUCCACCCCGGGCCUGGCAGCGUGAGAUGGGGACUCUGCCCCAUGCUGGGAGCAGGGACACUGCUCCCCCCUGCUGAGCCACAGGGGUCUGUCUAUCAAGUGUUUACAAUGAGUAACAAAAAAACGAAAAAAAACGAAAAAAAAAGAGAAAAUGGUUAAAAAAAGAAAAAAAAAGAAAAAAAACAAAAAAAACCCCAAACCCAGCCACAACUGAAGCUUCGUGUUGACUGUCGCGUUCUUCAAUUUGAGCUUUCCUGCCCCAGUGAUGUUUACAGACUGGUCACUCUUUAACUCAGCUAUAACCACUCAGAGACUGGAGAGCUGCAGCAUCCCACCGCCCCUCUGCCACCCCUCGCCGGGCUCCUCUUGCCAAAACUCCUUCCUUGCCAUCUCCUUGGAGUCGAACCCUUUUGAGGAGGGGAUGGGGAAGGUCCCUGAUGGCCUCUCCCCAGCCACCCCUGGUCAUGGCAGUGUGUUUGCCAGAGGUGCGAAGACAGAGUCAGUUCCUGGCAGUGACACCCCAGCCCAUCCCCAUCCCCUCCAGGCACGGUGGGUAUGUUUAUGUUUGUGAGACCUCCCCUGCUGGUGGCUGUGCCCCCGCAGGAAACCUUUCUGUAUUUAUAUAUUAAAAACAAGGGGAAAAAACCCAAAACCUUCAAAGAGUU